AUGCGAGCGGUGGACGUGGACUUUGGGAAUGCAGAGAAGGUCUUAACCCUGCAGGGGUUCGAGCCCGCGGUUGCGAAGAAGGUCGCCAAAGCGGUGGUGGAAAAAGACGCAGUGAAGCUUCAGAGUAUUAUUCUCGACAAGGAGGGAGUGGAGGGGGAGAAAGUGCUGUCAGCGUUGGGAGUCGACAAAGCAGGUGCCGCAGACGGUGACAGACUCCUGUUGAAAUUGACUGACCGCAUCGAGGACGACUUGGAGACGCAUGUGGAAACCUACCUGGGGAAACAAUUAGAACAGGCGGAGAGAGAACUGGACGCGAGAAGGAGUCGGCAGCGGGCGUCUCGGCGAUCAACAGCGGCGGGGAGCAGACCAGAGCAACUUGUGGGAUCACCGCCGGCCGCAGAGGGUCCUCUCGAAGGUAUGAAAGCAGAACCCAGGCGGAAAGCUGCGCCGCCAUCUGCCAUUAUGCGGCUGUGCUGUUGCUGUCUUUUGGGUCCGGAACAAGAGGAAGAAGAACUCCACUUCGCGGACGGAGCGUUAGGGGAGCCGCUGUUGGAGCAAGACAUAGGAAUAGCGAAAUCUCUACCCGCGAGGGAUGACCACGACCCUCUACGUGAACAAGACCAGCAGACUCGCAAGAGCCGUAGGAAGUCCUCACGAACAAUUUCCACGAGCGACGUAAUCCGAGCACCAGGACCGGCGUCCCAAGCACCAGUAGACGCGGCAGAAGAUGAACAUCAGUACGACGAGCUCACCGCCGCUCCGGCGCCGGAAGAGGUGGUUGCUAUUAUGGAGCAGGAGGCCGAAACCGCCCUUCUCGCUGUUGGUUUCGAGAGACGACAGGCACGGAAGCUCGCAAAGAAAAUGGCCGAGAAGCACGGCAACGCGGACGAGGCACUGGACGAGGAGACGAAGAUGGCGGUUAUCAAUGCGGGCUUAGGCGCAGAGACCGUCACCAUGGGUGACCUGACGGGGAAACUGAUGCAGGUGCAGAGUCAGUGCUUCAUUCAAUCCCUGUCGCCGAUGUCGUUCGCGAACUACGCGGGCGGAGCGGGCGGGAUGUCGUUGGUGCAGUCCUUCGCCAUGCAUUCGCUGCAGUCCGGGAUGAUUUCAGGGGCGGUACCCAUCAGCGAUCUCACGUCCGGCGGUUUUGACAAUUUCGACCCUCGUCAAAUGCAAGACGCGCCGGCGAACAGAAGACAGGCAGCGAAAAAGAAAAUACUGGAACAGAACGAAAGUGCGAAGUAG